AUGUCUGUUCAGCAUUUCCCCAGCACACGCAAGUACUGGUCAAGGCGUUUUGGAUUUGAACCUAUAAAGCAAACUAUGAAUGUGAAUACAUUUGAAAAGAUCAAAAAAUAUAUCCAUUUCAAUGAUAAUGACAAAUAUAUACCAGUUAACCAACCAGGACAUGACCGCUUAUAUAAGGUGAGACCAAUUAUUGAUAGUCUAAAUCAAACCUUUUCCAGUGUAAAAAAACAUCAAAGACUAUCAAUUGAUGAACAAAUGUGUGCCACCAAAGUGGGACAUUAUCUAAAACAAUAUCUCCCAAAUAAGCCCCAUAAGUGGGGAUUUAAGUUGUAUGUUUUAUGUAGUGUUUUUGGAUUUGCCUACAAAUUUGAAAUUUAUUCUGGCCUAGACAUUCCGACAAGACCUGAAGGUGAGCCUGACUUAAGUUCUACAAAUAACAUUCGCUUAACCAGAGAUGUUCCACGAAUGGUCAACCAUAUUAUCUUCUUUGAUAAUUUCUAUACAUCUGUGCCAUUAGUUAUCUAUUUGGCUAAGCAAGGAAUACAUUGCCUUGGCACAAUUCAACAAAACAGAAUUCCUAAUAACAAGCUACCAGACAAAAAAGAGAUGAUGAAAAAAAAUACCCCUAGGGAUACUUAUGAAGAAAGAACAGCGUCAUAUGAGGGAGUUGAUUUAGCUUGCAUAGCAUGGAAGGAAAAUAAAAUAGUGACUAUGUUAUCAAGUUACGUAGGAACAGAGCCUGUUUCAACCGUCAAAAGGUUUGAUAAAAAGACGAGGGAAAGAGUUGAUAUAUUGUGUCCAAAGUCCAUUACAGAAUAUAACAGUCAUAUAGGGGGUGUUGACUUGUUAGAUAGUUUCUUGGGUAGAUAUCACUUCAGAGUAAAAUCUCCUAAAUGGUAUAUUCGUAUAUUUUUCCAUUUGUUUGAUCUGGCUGUUAUCAACUCCUGGAUUAUAUAUAAAAAUAAUGCAAUAAAAGAAAAUGUUGCAAAAAAGAACAUUUUAAACUUAGGUGAGUUCAGAAACGAGCUGGCCUAUGUUUUAUGUAACUCAGGCACAAACGAAAAUAAAAGAGGUCGGCCUAGCUCUUCCAGCCUGGAGCAGGAGUUGCAAGCUAAGAAGAAGAGGUUACAAUCAAAACCAAUCCCUCCAUUGGAUAUACGGAUGGAUGGUCUAGGGCACUGGCCAGAUGUUGGUGUGUCGCUUCGUUGUAAGUAUCCACAUUGUACAGGAUACACCACCAUAAGCUGUGCCAAAUGUGGCAUAAAUUUAUGCCUAAACAAAAAUAAUAACUGUUUUACUAGGUUUCACACUACCUAA